AUGAAUUACCUGCUGACCAAAAAUCACGUGAAUGGUCACUGUACAAGUCCAACCUCCCAGAGCUGCAGUUCAGGAAAACGACUUUCCAGUGCAGAUGUCUCAAAAGCAAACCGCCGAGGGCCUGGGAAGCCCCCCUUCAGAAAAGCGCAGUCUGCAGCCUGCAUGGAGAUUUCUCUCCCAGUCACCACAGAAGAAAAUAGGGAAAACUCUUUCAGCCGUUCCCGAAGCUCCAGCGUGUCCAGUAUCGACAGGGACUCAAAGGAGGCAAUUACUGCUUUGUACUUCAUGGAGUCUUUUGCCCGAAAGAACGACUCCGCUGUCUCCCCCUGUCUCUGGGUCGGAACAGGCCUCGGUAUGGUCUUAAUCCUCUCCCUUAACCUGCCUGGUAGUGACGAUUUAAGGCAGUCGGAGCCAGUCAUGGUGUCACCAAGCGGCACAGUUCUGACACUGAAAGGAGCCGUGCUGACCUUCGCAUGCUUGGACUGCGUGGGCAUGUUGACACAUCCACCGUAUGAAGUAUGGAGGGACCCACACAGUGCUGAUGAUGGUGAAAAAACAAGGAAAAGGAAACUUGUCAUGCAUUCCCCUUCCUCCUCCCAGGAUAUGGGUGAUCAUCAAUUUGCAGUCAUUUGUUCAGAAAAACAAGCCAAAGUCUUCUCAUUGCCUUCCCAAACAUGUCUUUAUGUCCACAACAUCACCGAAACGUCCUUUUUAUUGCGAGCAGAUGUGGUCACCCUCUGUAACAGCGUCUGUCUGGCGUGCUUUUGUGCCAAUGGGCACAUCAUGACACUGAGCUUGCCCAGCCUUCGCCCACUGCUGGACAUCAACUAUUUGCCUGUAACAGACAUGAGGAUAGCGCGGACCUUUUGUUUCACUAACGAAGGGCAAGCUUUGUAUCUCAGCUCUCCCACAGAGAUCCAGCGGGUUACCUACAGCCAGGAGAUGUGUGAUAAUCUGCAGGACAUGCUUGGGGAUUUGUUUACUCCUGUGGAAACACCAGAAGCCCAAAACAGAGGCUUUCUCAAAGGACUUUUUGGAGGAAGUGGACAAGCUUUUGACAGAGAAGAGCUUUUUGGUGAGGCCACAGCAGGAAAAGCCUCUCGCAGCCUUGCCCAGCACAUCCCUGGAUCAGGUGGAAUCGAAGGCGUGAGAGGAGCCGCAGGAGGAGUCAUUGGGGACUUGACUCGUGCACGCAUUGCCCUUGAUGAGAGAGGACAGAAACUGGGAGAACUGGAUGAAAGGACUGCGAGCAUGAUGGCCAGCGCAGAGGCAUUUUCCAAACAUGCACACGAGGUGAUGCUGAAAUACAAGGACAAAAAGUGGUACCAGUUUUAGACUUUGAAAGCAGCAGCUUGUGGCUUUAUUAAGAACACUCUUCAGGGAAGCAACAUUCAUUCCCAAAUCUACCAGUCACUGGCCAGAGACAGUUUUUUCUCCUAGAAGACUUUUUCCUGUUACUAUUAUUGGAUUCAUCACAGUAGGAGUCAAGAAGAAAUUUUACAGACCGUGAGACAGAAGCUAGAAUCAUAUGGGUCUUACUCCAACAGCUGGCUCAUGCAGUAGCCAAUUUUUCCAAAAGGAACUCAACCAUCACUGUGGCAUGUAGUUUUUUCAGAAGCUGGAGGUAUGAACUGUGGGGAGUGUGUUUGGUUAAAAAUAUUCUGUACAAACUCAAAUGUUAAUGCACUUAUAAAACUUUGCAUGACUAACUGACAUCU